AUGAAGAGGCAGGUAGUGAGUUACCUCAACAGCACUGGCGGCAUCCUCUACAUAGGCAUCGACCACAACGUGCAGAGAGAGGCCCGCUUCCUCGGAAUCCCCCUCAGCGAUUCCGAACGCAAGGAGGUACUCAGCUUAAUCCUCAACGAGAUAGUCAUGCGCAUCUUCCCCACACAGGACGAAAACGAGGACGAAGACGAGAAGCAGGAGGAGGCGCGCAUCGAGAAGUUCAGAAACGAACGCAUCAACGACUUCUCCAAGAAGGAUAACACCUUCAACCAGGAAUACGAGCUGAACAAGUACAUAUCUGUUGACUUCCUGCCUCUCUACACGAGACACACUCUCUUUUACUCCCGCUCCACCUACGGCGUCAUCAACUACGUGGUGCGCGUGAAGGUGAAACUGGGCGACCCCUUCGAGGUCUACCACUUCAUCAACGAAAAGGAAAUCCCCGAAGCCUACCUCAGGGAAAAUAACAAGGAGCGCAAACUCACAAUGAUCGACUAUUAUAAUGAGGUAUACAAGCGCCUCAAGGAUAAGGCCAACGAUCAGCACAGCGAACCGCCUAAGACCAACCUCUACGAGAUAACUCUCAAGAAAGGAGUGCGACUGGCCAUAGCCGAAGUGGCAGACAUCAUCUACCAGAGCUGCUGCGGACUGGAAGAGCUGCACAACAGUCACAUCAUCCAUAGGGAUAUAAAACUGGAGAACAUGAUGUACAACAACUCCAGGAUAAAGAUUGUGGACCUGGGGUGCUCCAACUUCUACGGAGCCACCAUCGAACGCAAGACUACCAUCGGCACACGUCUCUAUUACAGCCCCGAAAUACUCCUCCAGGAAGAGCAAAAUGACAAACUGGAUAUCUGGUGCUUGGGAGUUGUGCUCUAUGAGCUUCUCUACCUGCAAGGACCGUUUAACGAACCCGACAUCGAGAAAAAGAUCAGGCCAGAAGGCGGUGAGGUCAACGAUGUCGCCACUCAGCUGCAUGAUUUUGAACAUCCGCAUGCCCAUGCUUUCCUAUUGGGUUGCCAUUCCGAUAAGGGUAUCGUACUUGGACUCCCACCUGAUGACUCUGCGGGCGAGGAUGAGUUCCUUGUAGACGCCGUUGAGGGAGGACUGCGGGCGUAG